UUGACUUUUCAGGCACAGUUUUUUUACCCCUUCUACUGAACAGUAAAAAGAAAACUAGAGAACAUCAAAAUACUUUUCUAAUUUUUGAUUUCAAAAAGAACAUUUUUUCAAUUUGGUGAAAAUGGAUACUUACGAAAGUGUUUUACUGGUGAAACCAGAAGUUUACGUGUUCAAUAUUCCUCCCAGAUAUUCCAAUAGAGGUUAUCGUGCUGCAGAUUGGAAUUUAGCUGAGCCUCAAUGGACUGGCAGGAUGAGGCUGAUAUCCAAAGGCGAUGAAUUGGCUAUCAAGCUUGAAGACAAAAACUCUGGAGAACUCUUUGCCAAGUGCCCAAUCGACACAUAUCCAGGGGUUGCAAUUGAAUCAGUUACUGAUUCUUCGAGAUAUUUUGUUUUGAGAAUUAUGGACGAUAAUGGUAGGACAGCUUAUAUUGGCAUUGGAUUUGGUGAUAGAUCUGACUCUUUUGACUUGAACGUGUCCCUUCAAGACCAUUUUAAAUGGGUGAAAAAAGAAAAACAAAUUAGCGAAGAACCCACCAGUGGUCCCAGUUUAGACCUUGGGUUCAAGGAAGGCGAAACCAUUAAGAUCAACAUGAAAAUUACGAAGAAAGAUGGCGGAGAAGGAAACUUCAAAUCAAAAGCCAAAGCAGGAGGGGUAGGAGGCUUGGGACUUUUGCCACCACCGCCGAGUGGAAAAUUGCCUGCACCACCCGGAAGUUCACCUGCUGGUUCCCCCGCGCACACACCUAAACCUGGCAAUCCUGGUGCUGGAGACUCAUGGGGCGAAUUUGCUUCAGCAGCAGCACCCACCAGCUCAGUUUCAGCACCUCAGACCAGCCCCAACACCAAUUGGGUGCAGUUCUAGUUUAACUCGUUCGAAUUGUGAUAUUUUUUUUGUAAGUAUGUACAAUGUAGGUAGUAGCAGGUCAGACCUAGCACGAACGAUUUAUAUUCUGUUAACAAAUAUGUAUUGUAUUUUAUAUUUUAUUAUUUUGUGGAUGUUUAUAUAGUUACAAUGGUGGUUAGAUUUUUUGGUUAUAACAGUAUUUAUUGGUCCUGGUUUUUAAAAAUAUUAUUAUUUAAUGUGGAAAAAUUCUUUUGUUAAAAAAAUCUUUCCCUUAUUGCUCUAUUGAAAACUGACAUAACGAUGUUACCUCAAAUUGAAAUUACCGACUGACUGAUGCAAAGUGUAUCAGCAUCUCUUUCAGAGAAAAUAAUUUGGCUGUUUUUGCUCCAAUUGGCCAAAUUUCAUACAAAAGGUACGUUGAUUUACUUUUUUGUAACCAACAUUUCUUAUGGGCGUUAUGGUACCUUUCAAUAUUUUAUUCUGAGGAGGAUAUUACUAUCUUUGGGAAAUGGCAUAUUUAGGAACCCUCUAGAGCUUGCAAUCCCUAACAUACUGGGGGUUUCUACAAACCCAUCUCUGAAACUUUCAAUCAUUAACUGUUUUACUUAAAACUUUAAAAGCCGGUAAGUUAGUCGUUGAUAUGCAUUUUGUGAUAAAAUAAGUUAUUUUGCGUCUUGCUCCGUUCUGAUACUUCUUCUGAAAGUCAUUUUGAUUUUUUUUUUGUAAUGUGAUCCAAAUCGGCCAAUAAUUUCAAAAUUUGAAUAUUUUCAGUCAUUAUGACACCUAAACUUGUUAUUUUGUAAUUGCGAUUAUCCCCUUCUGGCAUUGACAAAUGCCUCAUAAUUUGAUGUCAAAUUUCACAAGCACGUUUGUUGGUACUUAAACAGCUCAAAGUCGGUAUAAAGUUAUCUUGUGCAUUAUCAGUGGCCAGAUAUUCAAAUGAAUUUUUGCCCACCAACCAAAUGCCAAAUAUCAGUUUCAUUUUGUGUCAGAAAGCAUAUAAGGGAAAGUUUUGAUACAGUACAGUAGAUAUAUUUUAUGACGACGUCUAAUAUCAGUUAUUGCUACAAAAUUUCAGAGUCCAAGCCAGAAAUAAUACAAUGAAAUAUGUUAAAAAUAUCACCCCAAUACAAAUUAGGUUUAAUAUCAGCUUGAGCUGAUUUUACCAGCACCAUAUCAGCUUAGGUUUUAUAUCCUAGACUAGUAUUAGCUCUAAGCUAAGAAUUUACCCAAAUGUUUACAAUAAUUAGGUUUGUUCACAAACCAGUUCAUUGGUUGAAACUAGUUUUCUGACUGUUUUCAACCAGGUAAAUUGAUUAAUUAAAUAAAAAAAAUAUAUCUCGAUUGAUUUUUUGCUAACCAGGCCCAAGUAUUUAUAAAUUUAGGAUAAGAUAUUUCAGAUCCAAAUAAUGACUUAUUUUGUUGGAAAAAAAACCCUAUUUAUAUUUAUUCAAUUCCUCUGCUUAAUAUUGACAAUUAUUGUAAUUAUUUCAUAUAACUCAUACAAGAUUGUCAAUACAAAUGCUAGGGAACCUGCUCAUAAUACUGGAUCUUCGAAAAAAAAUGUAAAUCAAAGAUGGCUAUUUUUUUUUUAAAACGUAUGUCUCAGCAAUAUCUUCCUAUAAUUUUGUAAUGUCCUGCUCGAUUUAUCGUUUGACUGAUGUCAUAAACAAAAACAAAUAAAGUCUAUAUAAACCCACGCGACAUACGUUUUUGUAAUCAAUGCCCUCUUUGAGUCAGAUUUUUGUUAAAGACCUGGUUAAAUAUGUAUAACAUGUAGAAAUGUUGUUACUUACAUAGUUUUACUGCAAUUUUUGUGGUGGUUCCUUGAAGAAAUAAUUGAAAUUCAACUAAAUAAAAUACCUACUUAACAAGUUAAAUAAGCAUAAUAGUAUGUAAUUAGUGUAUAUUCAUUAUUAGAUAAGAGAAAUAAUUAUUAUUAAUGUUGGAUGAUAACAUCUAAGGAUAUUUGUUGAUGAGGCAAGUUUUUUUCAGUUGCAGAACUAUAAAAUAGAUUGUGAAUUGCCAAAAAUUAAUGUAUGUUUCAUAAGUUUUUUCAAAAAAUAAAAAAUCAAAUAUUUUAAAAUAGCAAAGUUGAUUUAAAUUAAUUUUCUUUUUCAAAGUAGGUAACCCAAAAAUCUUGAAUGGGGCCUGUUUACUGCAAGUUAGCAUCUUGCCAUCUCGCAUAGGUAGAGCCCCUUGAACUUUUUGACAAAAUAGAUGGAACAUGCUUUUCCUCAUUGCGCUUUCCGGUAGCAACAAAUAGAGCGUAUUGCAUUAAUUGUUACAGAAUAAGAACAUGUACUUAGUUAUACAUAUACGCUUAUCUCCAAAAACGUUUUUCUUGUUUUAAUACACAUAUUUGAGAAGUAUAUAUAGAUAUAGAACAUAAAAUAGGGACAUAUUUAAAAUAUAAAUGAUAAUUUUUUAUGUAAAAAAAAAGAUGGUUCAUUUAUAGAAUCUCCAAUUUUUUUUCAUCAAAUAUUUCAUGCAUAGUUACUUGCACUUCCAAAGUUUUUUUUUUUUUUGGUUAAAAAUCAGGGUGGAACAGGAAGAGUCAAUGUUGAAAAAAAAGUUUACGUUUCCAGUUUAUACAGGGAUCAGCACUCAUACAUUCCUUCCUUAUGUUGCAGUAUAAUAAAGUUAACGUAGAAUUAACA